CACACGUACUCGAAACUUUUCCAAGAGAGCCGACACGCACGACGCCUUCCAGUGAAACAGUGUAAAAGUGAUUGAUGGAGUUGUUUCGGACUGUGCGUUGUAAUUAGCGGUUGAGUGUAAAAAUUCAAAAAAAUCUGCUUCGAGUUGAAGUUCCUUUUAUUAUAGAAUGGAAUCUUAGCUUGCCAUUCGGCAAUCAAUUUCAUUUCAAAUUGAAAAUGUUACGUUUAUGAACACUAGACAUUUGUUUGAUGAAUAAGUAAAAAUGGGUGUUGACAGUUAAUUAGAAAAGUUUAAAGACAAUGUUGUGCUUUUUAUUGAUUGGUUUAGUGUACGGGACGAGUUCUCUUAAAGUUGAGGAUUUAACCGGAGGGAGUGCCACUUCGCUGAAAUUUUCAAUGGAAGCGCCAGAUUUCGCAGGACCUAUAAAAAAUGUUACCGUUCCAAUCGGAAGGGAGGCAGUACUCAGUUGUUCGGUAACAGAUCUGGGACAUUACAAGGUUGGAUGGAUGAAAGCCGACGAUCAGACAAUUUUGAGUCUGCAUACAAGAGUCAUCACGCACAACCCCAGAAUAAGCGUCACGCACGAUGACAGUCUACGCACUUGGCAGCUGAGAAUUCGCCAGCUGAAGGAAUCGGAUCGUGGCUGUUAUAUGUGUCAGAUCAACACGGGAGAAAUGAAAAAGCAGCUGGGAUGUGUCGAUGUGCAAGUUCCACCGGACAUUGACGACACCGGAACUAGCAGCGAUGUCACUGUAGAGGAAGGUGAUAAUGUCACGUUAAGCUGCAGCGCGAGCGGACAUCCUGAGCCUCGUAUUUUGUGGCGACGAGAAGAUGGAGAUCACAUUAUUUUCCAAGACAAUCCACACGACAUCAAAAAAGUGGAUACAUACAGUGGCCCAUCUUUACGACUCGUAAGAAUUGAUCGUAAGCAAAUGGGAUCUUAUUUAUGCAUCGCCAGUAACGACGUUCCACCUGCUGUCAGCAAAAGGGUGACACUUUCGGUGAGCUUCGCUCCAAAGGUGCAAGUUCAGAAAGCUUUGGUGGGAGCUCCCCUCUUCUCUAACGUAAAGCUCAAAUGCGACGUUGAAGCUUUUCCCAACUCCAACAACUACUGGGUUAAAGAGCAAGAUGAAGUCCUACUCAACGGGUUCAAGUACACCACACAGGAGAAAAGGUCAGGGUAUAAGGUCAUGAUGAUUUUAACCAUUCAUAACGUCAAUAAGUCUGAUAUUGGGACUUAUACGUGCGUUGCAUCAAACACGAUGGGAAAAAGCGACGCGUCAGUUCGAAUCUAUGAAAUUAAAAUCACAACUACGUCGACCACUACGACUACCACUACGACAACACCGUCAACGACGACAACAGAAACGAAUUUAAUUUUAGAAAUAACCAGCAACGUUCGCAGCACUACGACACUGCAAUCCGAUAACACAAUCGGCGGGGUGAGAGGCGUGGAAGAGGACCCAUCGGAGAAUUGGCUAUUUCCCAGCGUCGCUCCGGCCCCUUUGGAAUUAGAGACCCACUCGAGUGCCACCGGAAAUACACUUAUAUUUCAUUUUCCCGUCACGCUAGUGUUGACAGUGGUACUUAUACUCAGGUGACACGUAAUUUGUUACGGAUACUCAUAAAAAUAGUGUGUUGUGAGACUUUGCUGUGAAAUCCAUAUCAAAAUGUUUCGAACGGAAAUGUAAUCAAAUUUUGGCGGAGCCAAAUCCGGAAAACGUGGUACGAAUUUUCAGUGUUGAUGUUUUUACUUCCAAACAUUUGCGACAUAUUUUUUUAUUAAAACUGAUCAAAUUGGUUGUUGAAGUAUAUUUUUUAUAUGUAGGGAUGUGGUUCGACCGACUAUUUGCGCUUGUCUUACAAAUUUUAUUUCCAAAAGGAUUUGCUCUAUAAAGCGUAUUAUUGGUAGUCUGCUUUAGAAACAAAUUUUGUUGAAUCAAUCUGGAAAAGUUUGUUGUUAUUGUCUUAUUAGAAAAGUACAGACGUGAACAGAAACUACCAAACUUGAAACUAAUUACAAUUUUAUUUUAUUUUGGUUUCUGUUGGCGACUGAAUCCUGUAGUAAUAAGUCUGAAGACUGUAAUCCGGUUGAUUGGUUGUACAUACCGUAAUAUUGUAAUUCCGAAUUAUUUGUAAGAAUUUAAAAGUGUAGAUUCUAAAUGUUGUACUAUACUUGAGUGUACAUAUCCUGCUACCUAGCAGUAAAACUGUUACUGAAA